AACAGAAGACGUCUCCGCUGACGUAUUUUAAAGCGACAGCAACAAGUAGCAGCUGCCUCGUUUUCUCUAUGAAUCUGGACUGAUUGUUGGCUUUCAGCGUCCCCUCAGCACAGUCUCCCACCACUGAAACACUACAGAGGACUAACAUGGCCAAUGCAGAGGGCAGUAAACUGUGGGGAGGUCGUUUCGUGGGAGACACUGAUCCUAUCAUGGAGAAGUUCAAUGCAUCCAUCGCUUAUGACCAGAGGAUGUGGGAUGCUGACAUCCGAGGGAGCAAGGCUUAUGUUAAAGCUCUGGAAAAGGCAAAGUUGGUCAGCACGGAGGAGAUGGAGCAAAUCUUACAUGGGAUGGAUCAGAUUUCUGAUGAGUGGUCCAAAGGGGUUUUUGUCAUCAGGCCCGGGGAUGAAGACAUUCAUACUGCCAAUGAGCGCAGGCUAAAGGAACUGAUUGGUGCACCUGCAGGGAAGCUCCACACUGGCAGAAGCAGAAACGAUCAGGUGGUGACUGACAUGAGGCUGUGGCUGCGAGAUGCCAUCACGACGCUGACAGACAACGCCCUGCAGCUGAUAUCCUCCAUGGUGGAGCGGGCGGCGGCGGAGAUCGACGUCCUCUUUCCGGGUUACACCCACAUGCAGAGGGCUCAGCCGAUCAGGUGGAGCCACUGGAUUCUAAGUCACGCCGUUGCUCUGUGCAGAGACGUGGACCGACUUCUGGAGAUGAAGAGAAGAGUGAACGUCCUGCCUCUUGGCAGUGGUGCCAUCGCUGGGACACCUCUUGAUAUUGACAGGGAGCUUCUGCGGCAAGAGUUGGCUUUUGACAGCAUCAGUCUGAACAGCAUGGACGCCACAGGCCAAAGAGACUUUGUUGUGGAGUUCUUGUUCUGGGCCUCGUUGUGUUUGACUCACCUGAGUAAGAUGGCUGAGGACCUGAUGCUGUACAGCACAAAAGAGUUCUCCUUCAUCACGCUCUCUGACGCCUACAGCACAGGCAGCAGUCUGAUGCCCCAGAAGAAGAAUGCCGACAGUCUGGAGCUGAUCAGGAGCAAAGCAGGUCGUGUCUUUGGCAGAUGUGCAGGGUUCAUGAUGACAAUGAAGGGUUUGCCAAGCACCUACAACAAAGACCUGCAGGAGGAUAAGGAGGCCAUGUUUGACUGCUACGACACUGUCCAGGCUGUUCUGCAGGUUACUACUGGUGUCAUGUCAACUCUCAAGAUCGACCAGACUGUGAUGGAAGCUGCCCUCAGUCCCGACAUGUUGGCUACUGAUCUGGCCUAUUACCUUGUCAGAAAGGGAAUGCCGUUCAGAGAGGCCCACGGUGUUUCUGGUAAAGCUGUGUUUACAGCUGAAUCCAAAAAUAUCGCACUGAAUCAACUCACUGUGGAGGACCUGAGCGCUGUCAGCCCCCUGUUUGGAAGUGACAUAUCCUCAGUGUGGGACUACAGGAGCAGUGUGGAGCAGUAUAGCGCCCCUGGUGGCACAGCUAAGAGUAGCGUCGCUGCGCAGGUGGAACACCUGAGGAACUGGCUGAAGAAACAGGCACAGUGACGUCCAUCCGGUUACACCUUGAAGCAGGUUUACUGCCAACUUUGAGUUUAGCGUGAACCGUCAGACAGAGGUCAAAGUGAAUCAUUUACAACUUAAAAGCCAAAUUGCCUUUCAAACGUUCUACUCCCGUGUCCUUAAGUACAUUUGAUACACGAGUCGGAUGGUAUAUAGGCCGACCUACGAUGUUUCGAUCAUGUACAAGUGUUGGAAAUGGCUAAAUAUAGCAGACCCAAAAAAUUAAUAAACAGUAUUGUUGCAGCCUAAUUUGUUAAGGCUGACUGAUUUCCACCACAAAA